AUGCCGCUGACCGGCAGCCGCGCGGGCAGAUGGCCCGGCGCUGGCGUCUCGCGCGGCGCCGCGGGCCCCUUUGGCGGCGGCCGGGCUGGGGGCCUGCGUGGCUGGGGCUCGAGCUCGCCGCGGGCCGCUGACGUGGCGCGGGGCCGGCUGCUGGAGGGGCUGCUCGUCCGCAUGGGCGUGGCGAGCGGCGUGCUGGGGGACGCCGCCGACCUGUUCGGCUGCGCGCCGUUGCGCCUCGCCAAGACCGUGUGCGGCGCGGCCAACGGCGGGCAGGUGCUGCUCGAGGGGGGCACCUUCUCGGCUGUCAGGGAACGCCGCCAGGAGCUGGGGGCGGUCGACGAGGACGGGCUCGACCACAGGAAGCUGCCGGGCAGCCGCGGCCCCUGGUCGAUCUGGGGGCCGUGCGGCGCCUGGCUGUCGUGGGCGCGCCGCGGCGCCGCUGCGCACGAGGGCCCGGCGGGCUUGGGGCUGCUCUGCCUUGACAUGGGGGAGUGGAUGGUGCCAGGGCUCAACCUCGGAGAUCACGAAUCCAAGGACGAAGCGCCGGAGCCCCUGUGGCCGCCGGAGGACGGCGGCUGCGCGGUCCGGCUCGGCCUCGUGCGGCCCGGCCCUGGCCGCGGUGCCCACUUCAGCCGCGCCGCGGCCGCGGCGGGGCCGCGCGCAGGCAGCGGGGGCGGGGGCGGCGAGCUGAUUCGCUUCUACAGUGUGCUGCCAUUCUGCCUGGCGGGGCGGGCCAGGAUCUGGCUCGGCACCCUUGAGACACAAGACAGCUGGCUCCAGACCGACCGCGGCUUCUUUGACGCCCCUGGAACCGCCUCCGCACUGCUCUCCCCGUCCGACGCGGCCGCCCCGCCGCCCCUGCUGCCGCCGCCGGUCGCGCUCGUGUCCGCCGCUGUCGAGGGCGCGCGCGCGCUCGCGCGGCCGCGGCGCGACGCGGACCUCCGGCGCCUCGGCGCCGUCCUGCGCGCGGCGCUGCUCGAAACCUUGGACGCGGCGGGGUCGGGCGGCUACCUCUGCGGCCGUUCCGAGGGCGACGGCGACCUGCGGUAUACGCUGGCGUUCCCGAACGCGGAUGCCGCGCUGAGGUGGUGCCUGAUGGCGCAGGAGGCGCUGAUGUACGCGCCCUGGCCACAGGGGCUGCUGCUGACGGCGCCCGAGUUGGCGGAGGUGCACGCGCCGGACCAGGCGGGUGGGGAGCUGCUGUUCCGCGGGCCGAGGCUCAAGAUGGGCGUGUGCGAGGGCGUGCCGACGGGCGUGGAGCCCGACCGCUGGGGCCGGGCGAGCUACCGCGGCGCCGGCGUCGGAGGCGCGGCGCGGUUUGUGGGCGCCUCGGCGCAUGGCGGCCAGGUGGUCUGCGAGGAGCGGUUGGCUGACGCGGUGUUCAGGUCGUGGCGGCUGGCGGGUGCCGGCAUUGCGAGGGCCGACAACGCCGACGACCCCGCGGACGAGCUGGAAGCUGGGGCCUUCGACCCGCCUGAUGUCGCAGGCGGCUGGGCCGGGCAGGAGGACGGCGGCGCGCCUGCCCCCCAGGGCGGCGGCGACCACGACAGCGACGACGGCGGCGGCGACGACGGCAGCGAUGCAGCCGGGGACGUGGGCGGCUCCAGCGCCUCGCUGCCGGCCUGCAGCUCCAGCGCCGGCCGCGCGAUCGAGCUCCUACGGCGCUCGUUCUCCGGCGCGCGGCCGGGCUCGGCCGCGGGCGGGCCGGAGAGGCGCGCGCGGGAUGCAGAUGACCUCGAUUCGGCGCCGCUAUUGGACCCCGGGCGCGACGCGUCCGCCGCCGCGAUGCUGCCUCAGGCUGAAAUGAGCUGCCUGUCCAUCUUCUCGUGUGCAGUCGGCGGCGGCGGCGGCGGUGCCCUUGCCGCCCCGGCCGUGCCCGCAGCUCGGGCGCGGCGCGCGUCCGCCGACUUUGGAAUCAACUCUGCCAGCAUGAGCAUGCCCGGGAUGCUGGUGUUCCCGCCGGCGCCGGCGCGCCGCGAGCGGCGCACUGGCGAUCGCGGCUGCGAAGAGGGAGCGGAGGGAGCGCUUUAA